GCCAUGGAUCUCUGCUCCUAUACCCCCCAGCGCCACAUGUCUCACCCGCUCAAGCGUCUCCGCACCCUCAGUCUCGAAUUUAGGGACCCGACCGCGGCUAUAACUACCACCUCCCUCACGAUGUCUUGCCCAGUUCCCUCCGCCUCCACCUUCACCCCUCCCUCGCACGACCGCCCCCACCGCGCCAAGCGCCGCCAGCUCAGAGAACCCGGCGCCAUGCAGCCCGCCGAAGACCCGCGAUUCGCAGCGUACGUACGGCCAUCGUACAAGCCGUACUGGUUCGACGAUGGCGACAUCGUGCUCCUCGUCGGCAACCACCUAUUUAAGCUCAAACGCAAGACCCUCGCGUGCUCUCCGAUAUUCACCGACAUGUUCGAGUUCGCGGAGCCGCAGGGCGAGGACCAGCUCGACGGGUGCCCCGUCGUGCACCUGCAGGAUUCCCCGGAAGACUGGACGGCCGUGCUGAAGUGGAUAGAUGACCCAAAGGGAUUUUGGAACCAACGCGAUAUCGCGUUCGCGACCGUGGCCGGCGCGCUGCGCAUCGCGGCGAAGUACGACAUCAAGGACCUAUCCGACACGGCGGUGAAGCACAUCUACCGCGUAUGGCCGCCCACGCUGCGCAAGAUGGGCGGGCAGGCGUUCAUCCAGGACAGACUAGCCGGCCUCACACUGGCGCGUGAAUGCUCCCUCCCCGAGAUCGUCCCAGCGAUCGAAUACACCUUCUGCGUCGACGCGCUGCGCGCGCUCCCAGACGGCGCCGCCUCCGCGCCCGCCCUCGCGCCCCUCUCCGAGAGCGACCGCACGCACAUCGCCAGCCUUGCGCAGAAACUGCUCGCAUUCCACGACCAGACCGCCCGCCUCGCCGCCGCCGACCUGUGCGGCGACGCGUGCGGCGCGUGCACGCCGGCGCUGCAGGCGUACUGGGCGCGCAUGCUGCGCUUCCCGGAUGGCGCGCGCGCUACGCUUGCGCGGCGGCUGAACAGGAUGCUGGGCGAGGUCCCCGAAGGCGUGUGCCCCGGCUGCUGCGCGUUGCACUAUGAUCUAGUCUACGAGAGGCUCACGGCGCUGGAGCAUCUGUUUACGCACCCGUCCGCUUGACGUUUUGGACCCUCGUCGGGCUGGGAGAUCUAUAUGUCUAGAUGCUGAUCUACUGGUUUGUGAUUAUAUGCGGUCGUUAUUGGCCCUACUACCUACUGCGUACCGUACAUGGCUAUGUCUUUUAAUCCUCGCUGCGUUUAGGAGACCGGGGAAUAUGCGAAGCGGAUUCCAGGUC